CAAGCGCUGGCUAGGCCUUUUAGCCCAGAAUGUCCAUCUCCUAUAAUUCGCUUCUCAAUUACCCCUUGAUUUCCUUUUACUCACGGUCUUACAUUACAGGUUAUGAUAGUAAACAGCUACCGGAAACCUGAGAGCCAACGCUCCUCUCCUGCUCUCGGUUUCCCUCGCCCGCGUUUCCUUCGCUACCGCCGUUUGAGGUAACCGGUGAAAUAGAGUAACUGGAGGGAAAGAGAUUUUUUAUUGUAUUUUUUUAUUUUUUCGUGUAACACCGUUACUGUCGCUUACAAUUAUGCCUCCAACACCAACAAAGGGUUACCGGAGAGGAGGAGGACAGGAACUGGAAAGAAACAGGAAAAAUAGGUUAAAUGAGAAAGCGUUGUCGUUUCACGGGAAGAUACCGGCGGAAAUGCCGGAGGGGAGGAUUCGACGGCCGAAGACACUCCCGGACUUGCUGGCCGGAAAGAAAUUGCCUGCUACGGUACCGGAUGUGAGGCCGAAGUUAACGAAGGUUUUACUCAACGUGACUGUCCAAGGAAGCGUUGGUGCGGUGCAGGUUUUGAUGUCUCUUGAAUCCACCGUCGGCGAACUAAUCGCCGCAGCUAUCCAGCAGUACAUGAAGGAAGGCCGCCGUUCGAUCAUUGCCAAUGACUCCUCCAGAUUCGACCUCCAUUACUCGCAGUUUAGUUUAGAAAGUCUGGAUAGGGAUGAGAAACUAAUGGCGUUGGGUUCAAGAAACUUCUUUCUGUGUCCAAAAAAAUCGGGGAUGGACGGUGCAAGCUGUAGUCGUGGUGGAGGAUUGACAACGACGUCGUCUCCGUCAUGCUCAAAAGAAGUUAAAGAGGAGGCUGCUAAGAGUGGGUUUCAUCCUUGGCUCAAAUUCAUGGAUUUCCUGCUGUGAUUAAUUAACCACCAGAUGAUGCCUGCUGGCUAAUUAGUUAUCAGAAUUGCUAUUAUUCGUAGUCUUUUUUAAUGCAAAUCGUGGGUGUAAAAAUGGGUUUGGGGGGUAAAUUAGGUAUUAGACCGUUAGGUAUAUUUGUUAGGUCAAAUUAGAGCAAGAGAUUCUUGAAUGCAGUCGUGGCGUAGAAAUGUGCAGUGGUGGAUUGUUUACCUAUAAAUUUUCCUCUCUAUGUUUUUGUUGCUUUGAAUCAAUGGAGAAGUGAAUGGAGGUUUGUACA